GUUCUGGUGACAUCCACGCUACGAUGAGGUGAACGAACGGUUGUUUUCGUCUCCAUGGUUGAAAGUAGCUGCCUAUAAAUCGAGGUUUUAACGGCUGUUACAUCGGAUUAACGAGGUGUCCCCGGCCCCGACUACCCCUGACAUUACAGCCAGACUGAGGGUUUCAUCCCCCGGGUCGUUUUCGAUCACUUCCUCGCCAUGUUAUCAUCGGUUCCCACCAGGCUCAUUGCUCGAAGGUCGCGCAGCCUGUCACCGUGCAGCCGCGUCCUCCAGACCAGCGCGAGCGGUGCUGCGCGGCAGGGCACCCGGGAGAAACCGGCAGAGAACAACAGCAACCCCAUCGUGUCCACCUCCCGGGUCUCCAGGAGGGGGAUUUUAGCCGAGGACACCGCUGGUACCAGUGUGAACCCGGCGGUGCAGUACCACCAUCUCGCCCCAAGAUGGCUGUCCAACCUUGAGAACCGCCGCAACUCAUGGGCGUCUCUGGCCGGCAGGGGACGCAACAACAACCACUAUUGGGAGGAGAGCGGCGGAGGAGAGGGCCGGGGGACAGGAGGGGGAGCCGGCCGAGCAGGGGUGGCCUCUGCCGGGGUGCUUUCCGCUGCUGCCCUGGCCUUCUGCCUGAAGAAAGACUCUGAUAACAAAGGUGAUGCUCUUCUGGAGGCAGCGAGGACCAAUAACUCUGAAGAUGUUGCCAGGCUGGUGAAAGAGGGGGUCGAUGCAAACCAACGCCACCGUCUCGGUUGGACCGCUCUCAUGGUGGCUGCCAUGAACCGCCAGCACAGUGUGGUGAAGGUUCUGCUCGCAGCCGGUGCCGACCCAAACGCAGGAGAUGAUUUCAACAACGUUUACGACACCUCGAGGGAGAAAGGCAUCCACUCACUGGAAGUGCUGGUGUCCAGAGAGGAUGAGUUCAGCAGCAGGCUCAGCAGCAGGGCGGGUUUCCGUGGCUGCACAGCGCUUCACUACGCCACGCUGACAGAUGACCCCCGCACCGUCCGCAUGCUGCUGGAGUCUGGUGCCAACCCCCUGCAGACCAAUGGUUUGGGACACACAGCGCGGGCCUAUGCCAAGGAUGGAGAAGUGAGCACAGUACUGACGGAGUUUGAGGCGAAGUUCCAGGAGGUGCAGGCUCGGCGCGAGGCGGCGGAGAGGCGGAGGUUCCCCCUGGAGAGGAGGCUGAAGGAGUACAUCAUCGGACAGGAGGGGGCCAUCAAUACUGUGGCCUCAGCCAUCAGGAGGAAGGAGAAUGGUUGGUACGACGAAGAGCAUCCUCUCGUAUUCCUCUUCCUCGGCUCAUCAGGAAUCGGAAAGACAGAGUUGGCCAAACAGGUGGCUCGCUACAUGCACAAGGACCUCAAAAAGGGGUUCAUCCGUAUGGACAUGUCCGAGUUCCAGGAAAAACACGAGGUGGCAAAGUUCAUUGGCUCCCCGCCGGGGUACGUGGGACACGAGGAAGGCGGUCAGCUGACCAAGCUGUUGAAGGCGUGUCCCAACGCUGUGGUCCUGUUCGAUGAAGUAGACAAGGCCCACCCUGAUGUCCUCACCAUCAUGCUGCAGCUCUUUGAUGAGGGUCGCCUCACAGACGGUAAGGGGAAAACCAUUGAAUGUAAAGACGCCAUCUUCAUCAUGACCUCUAACAUUGCAAGUGAUGAAAUUGCCCAGCAUGCACUGCAGCUUCGUCAGGAAGCAGAAGAGGUCAGCCACAGGAAGCUGGCGGACAAACUCGAGGACGUACAGAAAGGGGAUGACGUCAAAAUCUCCCGACAGUUUAAAGAAAGUGUGAUUCGACCGAUCCUAAAGGCUCAUUACCGGAGGGACGAGUUUCUGGGUCGGAUCAAUGAGAUCGUAUACUUCCUGCCGUUCUGUCACUCAGAGCUGCUGCAGCUGGUCACCAAAGAGCUCAACUUCUGGGCCAAGAAGGCCAAGCAGCGCCAUGACAUCACUCUUCAGUGGGAGCGCCCGGUUCUGGACCUGUUGGCGGGGGGGUACAACAUGCACUAUGGAGCACGCUCCAUCAAACAUGAGGUUGAGCGACGGGUCGUCAACCAGUUAGCCGCGGCGUACGAGCAGGAGCUGCUGCCCAAAGGCUGCACGCUGCGUCUCACCGUCCAAUCAGAGGACCAGGAGGAUCCGAGCACGCCCAGCUUGCGCCUGGAGGUGGUCGGAGAGGACAGCACAUCGAGAACGCUGGACAUCCGUCCGGCGCUCAGCCCUGAACACUAACGCAGACACACAGAGAGUAUAUCCAGAUAUGUAUGCACACAUGUACACUUUCCACACUCACAGCAUCAUCUUAGUGUCAGGAGCAUGGAUAGUUCUUGAUGGAUGUUACCAAUAAAAGUACCUCUGAUAAACACAUCACUGCCUCUUUGUUUCAGUACACACAUGCAGUAAUCACAUGCCAACUUUUCGCAAUAUCGCAGUAUAAUAUCUGCCAACUAUGUGUGCUGUAAGCAGUAUAUAAAGUCAUCCUACGUGACCAUUAAAGUGUAUCAUAUAACAGACUGUCAUAUCCAGAGCUGUGCACACAGUUGUUAGAUAUCAAAUCUAAGUGCAGGGUGAGUAAAUGUUGCAGGUUGUAAACGAAGCAAAGAGGCUUCAGUGCCUGUGCGUCUUCAUGAACAUCAAACAUCCCAUCAGUGGAGGGAAGCCAUCGUAUAAGCUAAACUAAACUUCAUAUCAUUACGUAUGUAGUAGCCUAUUGUUAAUGAACUGUGACGUAGUGAUGAAGUUAAUGUCCACUUUAUAGUGUAGAGCACUGAAAACAGCCAAAUUAUUGAAUAUUUAUUAAAAGCUAUAUUUAAGUUAAUGACAAUGAACGGUGGCAUAUCCCACAUUAAAAGGCUGAGUGGUAGAUUUGUUGUUGCAUGAUUUAGCAGAGAAAAAUAUUGUCAAAUGGGGAAAAUCCUAACAGAUUUGUUGACAAAUAGCAACACUUACAUUCCUUUAAUACGUACAAAAUGAUGUGCGGAUGAAUAACAUCUACGAGUUGUCCGUUUGCUUUGAAGGAAAGGAACAUUUGAAUGACCAAAGAGAGUUUGGCAUUGCCUCAGAUUGUUGCCUGUUCACUUUGAUGCUCACUUCAUUUAGAAAAUCCUCACCAGCAGAGCUUCACUGAUAAAUGUUUGUGAACACGACUUGCUAAUUCAUUUCAUUUCAGUGUUUAAUAUGUUAGUGGAGAAAUACCAAGCAGAAAUGUAUAGCAGCCCGUUUGAAUGAUGGGUAAUAAAACUGCCUUGUGAAUUGUUUCUGUUGAUGCAUGUGAAUGUAAAGAAGUCUCUUCUGUCACGACGAAGUGCUCCAUGCUGUACACUGACAUUAAGAGAAAUGUAGAGACAUAAAGAAAUAAUAUUCAAAGUGUUGUUUCAUAAAUGUUUUAACAGCAUCUCGACAAGGCGCCAAAUGUAAUGGAGUGACAUUAUUCAUUCUUGUAUCCCAACCUCCACCGUGUAAAUAAAGUCAUCACAACAAAAA